AUGGAUGUACCUCGACACAGCAUUUAUGCUGCUGGGUACAUGACCAGAGUUAGAGAGUGGAGGACCACUGGUCAGCCCUUCCCAGCAGAGAGCGCCAGGCGAGGCCCCAGGCUGCUGCUCGGCUGCAUCAUCACUCCAACACGUCCACCACCACCACCACCACCACCUCCUCCUUCCAACAUACUGUCCUCGUAAUUGAGCAUUGCGUGCGUCUGGUUCAUCAUCCAGUCUGCCUGUUCUGUCGAUUGGCCUCGUUCUCUCUCGACAGUUUUUCAGACCCCAGCGACUCAAACCAAAGAACGACCGACACAUCAUCCUCGAUCGAUCCCACGAGACACCUCUACUCCCUCCUUGUCGCCUCUGCCCAUCGAUUCUCUCUCUCACGCGCACCCUCUUCCCCCGGAUCAACGCCAGCCCCGUGACCAACGACGAAGAAGAAACAUAUACUGCCAUCGCCCGCACCCGACACCCCCAGCUGCUGCAUUGCAUCUUAGCUGUGGUGUGGGAGCGGGAGCUUUUGAUUCCUGCGGCACCCUGUGCGAUAAUUACGACCACUGUUGCAACCGCUGCAACCGCUGCUACCCUACCCCUCCGCUCCGUUGCCGAAUCCAACGAGUCGCAAACUUGCACGCAUCCUUCAAACCCCCAGGUUGUUGCUCCGUCUCGACCAGU